GCCACGUUCGAUGUAUGUCCACCCACUCUAUCUAAACUCUUUCUACAGUCUACACUCUUCUUCUUCUUCUUCUUCUUCUUACAAACACUUUCUUUCUCUUAUCUUCUUCUUGUUUUCAUUCCAAAGGAAAUUAGGACUCAUCAUCAUCAUCAUCAUCAUCAUGAUGGCGUUGCAAAUACAGACACCCAUUACAGCAAAAGCCUCAGUUUUGGCCCCACCUCCCAAUUCUAAUGCCGGCCUGAGACGACCCUCCAACCGCUUUGCUCUCAAGUCCUCCUCCUCCUCCUUCUUCUCUUCAUCACUUAAUCUGCUCUUGAAUGCUUCUUCUCUUCGGCCUCUCGUUUCCGCCUCUCCCAGGUUCUCCAUGCGCGUCGCCUCCAAACAGGCCUACAUUUGCCGCGACUGCGGGUAUAUAUACAAUGAAAGAACUCCUUUUGAGAAGCUGCCUGACAAAUACUUCUGUCCUGUUUGUGGUGCUCCCAAACGGAGGUUUAGAUCAUACCAGCCUUCCGUGGCCAAAAAUGACAAUGACAAGGAUGUUCGAAAAGCUCGGAAAGCACAGAUACAGAGAGACGAAGCAAUCGGGAAGGCACUUCCUAUCGCGAUUGUUGUUGGUGCUGCUGCGCUCGGUGGAUUAUACUUUUACCUUAACAACAUCUUUUAAGUUUUGGAAUAGUUUUGUAGCAUCUUUUUAUUAGCGUUUAUGCCCUUAGAAAUAAAUGUAACGAUGUUCUU